CCACAAAUGCCGAGCACAAUUAUUUGCGUUCCCGAGUUCAUGGACGAGGAUUCGAUGAAAAAAGAAGAGCUUUUUCAGCGAAAAUGAUGAUCGUGACUCGGUCAGCAGCGACGAAGUUGACGACGUGAAGGACGAGAGAAUGUCGGAAAAUGAAGAAGAACCGAAAUCGGAAGAAGAUGAAGAACGAAAAAAGAAAUUAGACGAACUUUUGAGCCAAAAUACCUGGGAUCCGAUCGAAGGUGACAAAUUUAAAUGUCCCUUUUGCACGGAAAUCUUCAAAACUAUUGGAAGUAUCAUCGAUCACAUUCAUCACGAACACGACGGAAGAAAGAUGGAAUGCGACGAGGAGGAUUGCCGGUUCAGAUGUGAGUUGCAAUUCCAAAUGUACAAACACAAAAUCAAAUGUCACAGCAAAAAUUCCGUAAAAACCAUGCUUUGUCCGUUUUGUCGCGAUUUUUCCGGUUAUGGCAUGGCUCUCGUUGGGCAUUGUAACGAAACGCAUAAGGAUCAGGAGAAAAAUUGCCCACAUGAGGGUUGUGAUAUCACCUACUUUUUCGACUACCAGAUCGCGAGACAUCUCAAAAACGCUCACAAAACCUACAAAAGAAUCGUAACGCGCCGUCUCGAUGGUCGCACGGGACUUUUGCAUCAAUGUCUGAAAUGCAACAAAAUUUUCAAGACACGUGGUCAACUGGGGAAACAUCAAUUCGAGGAAUAUGGCAUCCCGAUGCCGGUUAACAAGAAGGAUCCGCAUCUCAAGGAGACGACAUUGUGUCCCCAAUGCGGCAAAUCGAUGAAAGUUUCCUCGUUAAAGAUCCACAUCGAGCUCGUACACUCGAAAUUCGCUGCUGGCUGCUUCAUUUGUGACAUUUGCGGCAACAAUUAUUCCACAAAAAUUUCCAUAACGAACCACAUCAAGUAUGCGCACAUGGAACGGAAGCCCAUAAAGUGUCGUCAUUGCGACCAAAUGUUCCCGAAUGUCGGUUCGCGACGAUAUCACGAAAUAAAAACCCACACAGAGUUCAAGCAUGUGUGCUCCAUUUGCGGCUUAAGGUGUUUCAAUCCGACAAAUUUAAGGGAUCACUUUGCCACGCAUACGGGAGAAGCCAAUUUCCAGUGUGCCAUUUGUGAGAAAAAGUUUAAACGGCGAUACAUCUUGAAAAAUCACAUGUACAUCCACACUGACAAUCGUCCCUUUAAAUGUUCCAUUUGCGAAUCAACGUUCAAAACUAAAAAUUAUCUAAAUUCGCACAUGAAAGUGCACGAGAAAUAAAAUAAAAAAAAUAUUUUUUAUUAUUAA